AUGGGUGAAACACAGGAAACUCCUCCUCAAUCCCCCAUCUGGUUGGACUGCGACCCAGGUCAUGAUGACGCCUGUGCCAUCCUCUUCGCCGCCUACCAUCCCUGCCUCAAACUCCUCGGAAUCAGCACAGUCCACGGCAACACAUCGUUAAAAAACUGCACAACCAACGCCCUCAGCGUCCUUGAAGCCAUCGGACAGCCCGCCAUCCCCGUUUUCCCAGGCUCAUCCCGCCCAUUCUGCCGUAUCGUCCACACAGCCCCGGACAUCCAUGGCACCAACGGGCUAGCAGGAACAUCACUCCUCCCAGAGCCGGCCCGCUCCCCCCCGAUGCACUGCAACGCGGUCCUGGAAAUGCGAGAUGCACUUCUCGCCCAACCUAAGGGAACAGCCUACCUGAUCGCGACCGGCCCACUAACGAAUAUCGCCUUACUCUUCGCCCUCGCUCCCGACCUGAUAGACCACAUUGCCGGCUUAUCAAUCAUGGGCGGCGCCGUCGGGUCCAACUUCACCCCCGUCUCAAUGGGGCCCCGCUACCUCGACUCAACAAACACAUUUCACGAGCGGUCCGGCAAUCGCACGCCCUUUGCGGAAUUCAACAUCUGGGCCGAUCCGGAAUCUGCCCGCACCGUUCUGCAUAACCCACUUCUCCAACCGAAAACGACACUCAUCCCCCUCGAUUUAACGCACCAAGCAUACGCCACGCCGAAAGUACAGUCUAUGCUGCUCAGCGGCUUGCACGGCCCGACGCGUCUACGCACCAUGUUCAACGAACUCCUCAUGUUCUUCGCCCACACGUACGCUGAGGUAUUCGACUUGAACGAGGGACCUCCGCUGCACGAUCCACUCGCUGUCGCGGUGCUGUUAAACGACCACCCCGACCCGGACGUCCGAGUCGCCUUCCACGAUAACGGCGGCGAGAGAUGGAAUGUCGACGUUGUUCUGGAGGGCGAACAGACUGGCCGCACGGUAGUGAGCAAGGCCGAGAAUGGACGUGGUGUCACGAUCCCCAGGUCCCUGGAUCUCGAAGCAUUUUGGAGGACCUUGGAAUCGUGCAUGGCGAGCGCAGAUGAGACUACCGGGUAUGUAAAAUGA